AUGAGGGUCCUAGCUUUUUCUUUGUUGGCAUUCUUCCUUCUUACUAAUACUCUUGUUUCAGCUCUAAACCAUAAAGAUAUGGCUAUGGCAGUAAAGAAGAUCAACAAAUCUCUGGCUGUAGAGAAAGAUCAAUUAAAAAGAAAUACUAACAAAGCGUCGCCAAUUUUGCAGAGAAACCAGAUGAAGUUUCCCAAAGAAAGUAUUCCUAGUAAGCAAACCAAAGUUGUUGAUAGUACGAGAGCAAAUUUUGUAUCUGAAUCCGAAAGGAAACGACAUGUGUUUUAUAAUCAACAUAAUUCAACAAUAGAUUAUGAGGUUGCAAUUGCCACUUAUGAAGGAGAACAUAAGAUAUACGGGGUAGAGGCAUGUAUAAACCUUUGGAAGCCAUCGGUCGAUAGGAACAAUAUCUAUGGGUACAACACAGCUCGUAUUCGUAUAAUAGCAGGAACACCUCAUAAUUUUGAGGCCAUUGAAGUUGGAUGGCAUAAUGAUUCUUGUCGAAAAACAUGCUACCAUCGUCGAUGUGAGGGAUUUACGUUGUACGGCGGUGGUAAAUCCCGGGGAAGUACAUUUUAUGAAGUAUCAUCUUAUGAUGGUGAGCAAUGUGAUAUGUUUGCAAGUAUCUCGAAGGGUGGCAAUUUAGGAAAUUGGUGGCUUCAAGUUGAUGGCGGUGUAAGAUCCCCCGAUGGGAACAGCCACACGUCAACCAAAAUGGGUUCUGGACACUUUUCUCAACGAGGUUAUAGAAAAGCAAGUUACUUCGACCAAUUAAAGAUUCUUCCAAAUGAUGCUGAUGGUACUGCUUGGAUUCCUCCCACGAACCUUACACUAGACGUGACAAAACCUCAAUGCUACGACAUUGACUUCCAUUCUUAUGGUAUUAACGACAAUGAUACCAUUCCUGGCUUCUAUUAUGAGGGCCCAGCCAGCGGCAGAUUGAAUCAUCAUCCAAGAAAAAUUAGCAUGGUCAGAUCAUCGCCAAAAGAAGAUCGACCACGAAAAAUUUGGCAAUGUCGUGCAGUUCGAACACUCUUUCUUCGCCUCCAAGGAGUUCCAUUCUCCCAGAAAGUUGAGUACUAUCUAUCUCAAAUCCUGGUUGUGUUCAUAGGACAAAGAAAACGCCUUCGGCUGCUUCAUCUCCACGAAUGUGGAAACUCGAUGUACGACUAG